UGUUGGACAAACAACUGUAGUGUACAAGUCAGUCAACAAAAAUGAUGUCCAAAGGUGAAUUAAAUACCCCCUAAAAAGUCACAGACAGCACUAUCAUCAGCAAGCCAAUCCAAUUAGUUUUCUAUAGGUUCGCCUUGUCAUCAAUGGAAUUAUAAAUAUGUUUUUAUUGGCCUAAACUUCCACCUGGAGAAGGACUACCUUUGGCCAGCUACACGUUUACAAUUUUAUGGACAAUAUGCUCCAGGUAAGGACGGUUAACUGUCACCACACAGAAAGACAGUUGUGACAAAAUGUUUCGAAGUUGUCUAAGUGAUUUCUUUCUUUCUAUAUUUUUGUGUUUUAACCUCCGCACCUAUUCAACUGAGCACGCGCUGGAUGCAGGCUCGGGAAAACGCCAUCUUUAAACCCCAGAAGAAAUCACAGUUGAGCGCCGGCUUGAUUUGGACUCGACUGCGUGGCUGCAGUUUUAGUCCCGACUUCACCCACUCCCUCCCCAGCGGCCCAGCCGGAGAUGCGUGGAAGAUGUCGGUUUCGGGUCUGAAGGCCGAACUGAAGUUUCUGGAGUCCAUUUUUGAUCCAAACCACGAACGCUUCAGAAUUAUUGACUGGAAGCCGGAUGAGCUAAACUGUCAGUUUAAUGUGACUGGAGAAAAACCGUUGAUUAUACAUUGCAACAUUACGGAGUCGUACCCCUCCACACCUCCAAUCUGGUUUGUGGACUCUGAUGACCCGAGCCUGACACAAGUGUUGGAGCGCCUGGAGGAUGUCAGAAAGGGCAGCACCCUGCUCCUGCAGCAGCUGAAGCGGCUCAUCUGUGACCUGUGUCGGCUGUACAACCUGCCCCAGCACCCAGAUGUAGAGAUGCUGGACCAGCCCCUCCCUGCCGGCCCUGUAGGACAAGACCGAAAGCAUGGGGUCACAGACGAGGUCACGUCCGAGGAAGAGGAAGAAGAGGAAAUGGGAGAGCAGGACAUUGAAGACCUGGACCACUAUGAGAUGAAAGAGGAGGAGCCAGUGGAUGGGAAGAAGUCUGAGGAUGACGGCAUCGAGAAGGAAAACCUAGCCAUCCUGGAGAAGAUCCGCAAGAACCAGAGGCAGGACCACUUGAACGUAAGUGCUCAUUCGGGUGCAGUGUCUGGUUCAGUGCAGGCCUCAGACCGCCUCAUGAAGGAGCUCCGGGAGAUAUACCGGUCCCAGAGUUACAAGAUGGGUAUCUAUUCAGUGGAGCUGGUCAAUGACAGCCUGUAUGAAUGGCACGUCAAGCUGAGAACGGUAGAUCCAGAUAGUCCCCUACACAGUGACCUGCAGGUUUUAAAGGAAAAGGAGGGAAUGGAUUACAUUCUGCUAAACUUCUCAUAUAAAGAUAAUUUCCCCUUUGAUCCACCCUUUGUACGGGUGGCUUCUCCUGUGCUGUCUGGAGGUUAUGUUCUUGGAGGGGGUGCCCUGUGCAUGGAGCUUCUCACAAAGCAGGGCUGGAGCAGUGCCUAUUCCAUAGAGUCUGUAAUCAUGCAGAUCAACGCCACUUUAGUCAAGGGAAAAGCCAGAGUGCAAUUUGGAGCCAAUAAGAACCAAUACAAUCUUGCCAGAGCACAGCAGUCAUACAAGUCCCUGGUCCAGAUCCAUGAAAAGAACGGCUGGUACACUCCCCCUAAGGAGGAUGGGUAAGAGGAGCGUUGCCAUGCCUCCACUGAGACCACAUGUCUUAGGGUCAACACCUUUCCCCCCCCAUACUUUUCUUUUCCCUCUCUAACUGGAGUUUUCAUUGGGAGUUUGAUCCCAAGCCAAUUCCACCCAUUCUGUGACCAUGAGAACCAAACAACCAAUGGUUAAAACCCCCUCACUGACCAACCACCUUAUCCACCUCAAUAGGGGAUCUACCCUCUCGCUAUUUCUCUUUCUCUCACUUGUGCAAUCGCUCGUUCUGUUUUCUUCCUCUGUUAAAAUCCACCCUAAUCCCUUGAGCAUUGAAUGAACUCCAUAUCUUGUGCAACUCCCUUAAAUCCUACACUGGGCAAGAAGAGGUUACUUACUGCCUGUGAUUUUGGGUCAAGGUUGAGGCAUGGCUUUUGCUAGCAACUGAAGCUGUCUGUUGUCAGUCACAUGACUGGGGCUGAGAUUCUCUGGCCACAGACUGGAACAGAGAAAGGCCGGUGACAUUUCCCCUGUGACAGUGGAGGCUGGGACGGACAAUGAACCGCUGGUGGUGGGAAUGAGCACCACCUCACUCCCCAUGGAUGGCCUCUGUCAUGUUUGCUUGUGUAUCUGUAUAUUGCCAAGAUUCCUCCUUCUGGAAUAAAAUGUCCUCCUGAGGCUAGCUUCCUUAACUCCUGGUCUACAAAAGCCAAAGGCCCUGAAUGGAGAGAGGAGAGUUAUAGACUCCUGACUAAGGUGGGACUGGGACAGCUUAAUGGAGGAUAUCCUAUUGAGCACAAGAGGUGGAGGCCACUGCCUCCUCCUCCUCUACCACCGCCCAGCCAAUCUCCUCUCAGGCUGCUUUUGGCUUUUAUCGGCAGCAUACAGAGAUAUGACCAGGCUUUAGCAAAGGCAGGUUGGAUUUAAUCACUGUAAUGUAGUUGAAUUUAACUCCACAUGUAUACUUGUAAAGUUGUAUUUCUGAGAAUGGAUUUCAUUGUUUUUAACGUAACCUUGUGUGGGUCUUGGGGUCCGAGCGGGCAGAGACUGCGUUAGUAUAGCCCUGGCUAUAGCAGGGGCAUACAUUUCUCAAGGUGUAUUUCACAGACGUAGGAUAACAAACCAUUUGCUUCAUGGAUACUCUUGCAGAAGUUAAAAGGAACACCUUUAAACCAUGUUUUUAUGUAAGCAUAGUGACUACUAUUGUUUUUUGUUUUCCUGUAUAAAUUGAAGUACUUGCAUUAUUUUGUUAGUGGUUUCAUAUGUUCAAAAGUGACACCAUUCCUUUUACUCAAUGACACGGUGGUGCUUUUUUGGCAUUCCAGAUAUGCUGGCUAAUUUCCCCGGUGACACAAACCUGAUGAACCUUUUAAUAAGGCUAUGCACACAAUGGUUUGGAGGUAAUAUGUACACACAAUAAUUUGAAAACGUCUCAGUGCAGUCCCCUGCUUAAUCUGAAUCCAUCCUCUAACUAGCUUGUUCACACUCCCAUAUCACCCAUCCAUGCCUCUCAUGCCUGCAGUGGACUUCACUUCAUACCACAUGCUCAAUAAUAAAAUAUUUGUUGAUUCAAAAAAAUAUUUUCAGGUCUGACUAAGGUGUGUAGUAAUGCCUUUGACAAAAGACUGAUGCCCACUGAUUUCCAUCCUUUGCCUCCCCUCUCUGGUACCUUGUUUUGUAUCACCUAUGACCUGACCCUCCUCAUGAUCUUUGUUGUCAGUGAUGGAAGGAACCUUUUUUAGAGGGGUCAUGAACCCCUAACUCAUGACCAUCCUCAGCACUGUCAAACCUGGAGCAUGCCAAGUCUUAGCUAUAUGAAUAAUAUGCAGAAUACUGUGUGAUGCAUUUGAUUGAAUGUUAUUACAGACUUUAAUGGGUGUUUUUUGUGUGGGUAUCCACAUUGUUAGUCUGUUGUCGCAAAAACCAGCAUAGGAACCAGCUUGUUCCUAGUAAAUAUUUAGCUUUUUUUUGUUCAAUGCUGUAGGUCAGCCCAACACACUAACCUCAACCAGAACUGUCACCCUUGUGAAAUAUACUAAUAAUGGGCAUAUAAUGUAUAAUUAAGCUCCAUCUACCUUGUAUUUGUUGUACUGUCAGCUACCCCAGCUGUAUACCACAAUGCAUCACGUUCUGUCAAAAUGGUGGCACUGAACACACUGAAGAACUCAUUGAGAGGUUUAAUACUGUUCACCCAACAUGGUGACUGACUUCCUUACAAUAUGUCUACUACACAUUGAGAACUGUUGAUCAUUGUCAUAGACGUUAGGUGUUGGUACCAAGUGUUCCACUGCUUUCCCACAUGGCUGACCUCAUUGUGAACAUGCCCCGGCUAGAAACCCCCUCCCUCCCUGUGUGUUCUCUAGAGAAGCAAACUCAGGAAUACAUAGCUACUGCACACUUGACUUAGCAAGGGAUUGCUUCACAAAUGUCACAAGAUGCAAGUAUAUAUAUAUAUAUAUAUUUUUUUUUCAAUUACUAUUGUUUACUUCUAAAUUUGUUUCCCCUCAUAUAAUUACAGUAACCAUUGGACUGCGCACUCUCUCCAUUUGGCUUGUCUGAAUAUCUUUCUUUGUGGUAGUCACUGGUAAGACUAGUGGUAAGAAGGGUGUGUUGGAGUGAUGAGAUGCGACGGGCAUACUUGCUCUUUCUUGAUAUAGACCCCCUAUAUAUAUACCAUUCAAUCCAUCAGAUCAGUUUUGUGAUGCAGGAAGGUGAACCAACGCUUUAUCUCACCCAUUUAAGCUAAUUUAACCUUUUGUCCUGGGUCUUUAUGGGUGUUUCUAAUCUAGGACAUCUUCAUCCUGUACCUCUGGUGUUGUAGUCUUUUGCAUGUAGAUAUCUCAGCAAGUACUUACACUCUGUAGGGACUAGUGUGUGUGUGUAGACAGGACAGUUCAUCUAUAUUAGUUCGCACAGGUCUGUAGAUGCAGUCUCUAUAAACCCCAUCUCUGGGAACAGAUUCCUUUUUAUAGAUUCAUGUAAGACUGACUCUCACCAGACCAGGUUAGUUCUAAAGGUUAACAAUUGCAGAAAGGCAGUCUCCAACACUUAUGGACGUCCCGCCUGUGUGUUAGAAGUAUGAGAUUGGAAACAAAUGGACUACUAUACUAUUCUUUCCACCCCAGAGCAGGACUCCAACUCAGUUUAAAUCCCUGUGCCAUCAGAGCGUACAUCAAAUGGGCUUUUAACUCAGUGGAAGGCCCCAUGUCUGUAUUCUAAUGUCAGUUGUGCAGUGAAUUACAGCUUCUCUUAUACAGAUCCAGACCAAGUUGUCUCUCUGACUAACAACCCAGUGCUUUGGGAGAUUUAGUUUGAGACCUGAAACUAAUUAUGGGUUCCUUUUCUGGCUUCAUUUUGUGAUUGGAUGGGUUAUAAAGUUAUGCACUGUUAGCUUUGGUUAAACAAUUUUCAUUGCAAGGGAAAUUUUGACCAUGUAUAGUAAUUUGUAAACUUGCAUCAAGUUUAUGAAUAAAGAAUUUUAUGAAAUA